AACAACUUGUCCGGACAUAUAUAAACCAGAGUGGAGAAAAUUCUCCGCAGUAGCGUCCCGGAAACUGAUCGAGAGAGAGGAAUCUUAUACAAACCCGAAUCUUCUUACACAAAACUACGCACUUUGUAAAGCGUGCUGAAUAACUAUAUAGUAGAAAUGGCUGAGGAAUUUGAGAAAUAUGCAGUGUUGAAAAACAUGUUUCGGCGUAAAUCGAGCACCGAGUACACUGGAGCUGGCGGCUUCAAAGAAAUUGUGACCGAGAACCAAGCAUCGACCCUGCUCGAUGAGAUGGGUGCACACGUCGACAAAGUUGAGUUGCACAAGAAAAUUGAAUCAAUGGCUCCUGAAAGCCAUGGGAAGCUGACUUUCGACCAGUAUACGAAACUGUGUGACCAAUUUGUUAAAGAUCCUACGGCCACACCCUCUGCGAUGGAAUUUCAUAGCUUCAACGAUUUCGAAUCGUAGAAAAUUCGCCACGUUUGAAGAAUUGUAUUUUCUCUUGUUUUAUAACUUUUACAAUUUAGUAUUGUGACUCGUCUUUUAAGCAUUGAAUCUCCAGACUUACUAGAAACUAGGAAUUUUAGCUCAUAUUCAUAUUACGCUUUAUUGGUAGAUUUGUUGUUAUUGUACAAAUAGAAUUUAAAAGUUAUUGCAUAUUAAGAUUUAGAGGAGAUCAGGCAACUGGAGUAUAUGUAGAAUUAUGUACAUCUGCCACUUCUACUGAUUUCUAGAAGUUUAUGAAAUAAAAGUUGUUGUUAUUUUUUUGGGGUCUGACAA